AUGUCCAUCCAAGAUUAAAAAUAAAGAGGAAGUGCUUUAUCCAUAUUUCUAUAUCAAGUUGUCAAAAUUACAUUGAUAAAGUAUAAUCGAUCAAUUUACAAAGAAACAUCAAUAUUCCAAAGAGAGAUUAUAACAUUUAGAUGCAAAACAAUUAAAUCUUAAAUUACAUUAUUAAGUUUGAUGAAGUUGAAAUAAGUUUUUAAAUGAAGUUCAAAAAUUCUCGGAUGAAAUGA